CUAUGGUGAUGUCAGUCAGAAUGGCUCCUCCUCUUCCUCUGAUCUUUCUGCUCGUGAUUCACAGGGCUUAUAGUCAGAAGGAGCAUGUGAAUUACAUCCAGCCACACAUCUGUGCACUAAAGGACUCAUCAGUGUUAAUGAGCUGCACUUAUACAUACCCUACUGGACUUCAGAUCAUGAAAGUGUUCUGGACCAAAACAAAUGUUAAAAAUGCUAAAAAUGAGUUUCCAGAUCUGUCUAAGGACCCUGAAUACAGUCAGAGGCUUCGGUAUUUGGGAGAUAAACAGCAGAACUGCACCAUCAGACUGAGUCAUGUGACACAGAAGGAUUCACACAAGUACUAUUUCAGAUUCACAACUGAUAAAGAUAAUGUGAAAUGGCUUGGCAAACAAGGAUUGACUCUUACUGUGACAGAUCUUCAGGUGGAGGCUCCUGAGAGAGUGACAGAGGGUCAUAAUGUCAGUCUGACAUGUAAAAGCAGCUGCACUCUGACUGACAGAGCAACAUUCAUCUGGUACAGAAACUCACAGCCAUUAACUGAGAGAAGAGACAGAAACAAUCAACUCCUGCUGCUGUCAGUCAGAAGAGAGGAUGCAGGCAGAUACAGCUGUGCUCUACAUGAACACACUUACAUCUCUCCUGCUGCUCAUCUCAGUGUCAUGUACCCACCAAAGAACAUCUCAGUGUCCAUCAGUCCAUCUGGUGAAAUAGUGGAGGGAGAUUCAGUGACUCUGAGCUGCAGCAGUGAUUCAAACCCACCUGCAGAAAACAGCUGGUUUAAAGGAGGAAUGUUUGUAGGAUCUGGAAGAAUCUACAGCAUCUCAAAUAUUAGCUCUGAUCACAGUGAAGAAUACAAGUGCAAGUCCACCAAUGAACACGGAGAGAAAUACUCUGAUGUUGUGACUUUAAACAUCAUGUACCCUCCAAAGAACAUCUCAGUGUCCAUCAUUCAGUCUGGUCAGUUCUGGGAGGGAGAUUCAGUGACUCUGAGCUGCAGCAGUGAUUCAAACCCACCUGCAGAAAUCAGCUGGUUUAAGGAGAAUCAAAGCUCAGCUGUUGGAUCUGGACAGAGUUUCAAUGCACUACAGAGUGGACGCUUCUACUGUGAGGCUAACAAUCAACACGGAUCUCAGAGAUCAGAUGCUGUUACUGUCACUGUUAAAGGACAUCUGGUGAUAUUACACAUAUCUAUGGUUUGUGGAGCUUGUGGAGCUGCAGUUUUCAUCGUCACGAUGCUGAUUGUGUACGAUAUGUGUGUGUGGUACUAUGCAAUGUCUGUAAAUGAGUGA